AGAUCUGUUUUCGACUACCGCAUUCUCUUCGUAGUUCCUCCCGUAAUCGUCGAUUAGUCAGGAUAGACUUUAUACCCGAGGCUUCGACUAGGCUAAGAUGAGACCGAUAGAGGAGGCUCGUCGCGCCCGGAUCAUAACUUUGUUGCGUAGGGGGUACAGCACGCGGCGAAUCGCGAAGGAGGUUGGAGUGGGGAAAAGCACAGUACACGACGUUGGACUUAAGGCGAUUUCAGAUACUACUCUUGAGUAUGUGCGUCCUUCCAUGACCACUGCUGGUCGUCCACACGUACUGACGAAUAAAAUUCAUCGUGGGAUUGUCAGGGCGAUCACUAGCGGCGAGGCGAAAACCUCGAGGCAUGCGGCCCAGAUCGUCGAAUCCCAGCACGGCAUCACGGUGCAUCCUAGGACGGUGCGUAAUGCGCUCAAAUCCAGCGGCCUUGUCGCCAUCCAGUAGCCUAAGAAGCUUCGCACGGGCCCAUGCGGAUUGGACCAUAGAUGAUUGGAGGCGGGUGAUCUGGUCGGAUGAAACGAGGAUCAGUCGGUUCUGCUCUGACGGCCGCGCGUACGCCUGGGUUCGUGAAGGUACGGCUCUCCAACACCACCGGAUCAGGCAAACCGUCAAACACGGGGGCGGCGGCCUGAUGAUUUGGGGCUGUGUCACGUAUGAGGGGGCGGGUUUCAUGUGCAAAAUCGAUGGUAGAAUGGACGGGCCACUGUAUCUGAGCAUUUUGCAAGACGAGAUGAAGAAUACCAUUGAUUUUUACAAGCUAACCCCCUCGGAUGUGAUGUUCCAGCACGAUAACGACCCCAAGCAUUUGUCCCGUGUGGUGCAGCAGUGGCUUCAGGAGCAGGAGUUUGGGGUCCUGGAGUGGCCGGCAGGAAGUCCUGAUUUGAACCCCAUUGAGCAUCUUUGGGCUCAUCUUAAGAGGGAGUUGGUUAAGCAUGAGACACCUCCCACUGGUAUGGUGGACCUAUGGGAGCGUGAACAAGAGGAGUGGGAGAAGAUCCCAUCAGAGGUGUGCUCCAAUUUGAUCGACAGCAUGCCCAGGAGGGUGAAAGCUGUGAUUAGGGCUAAAGGGCAGUGGACCAGGUACUAGUUUAAGGGUUGUUCAAGUAAAUACUUCCGCCUGGAACUAAUUGUCCACAUGCACGGUGAUUG